CCCCCGGCCGGAUCCUAACCAGGCCCGAGCGCAGCCUGCAGCCGGGACCCUGGCGGCCUCUUCUGGCCCUGCACGCCAGAAACCAAUACCCAGAGGAGGUGCGUUUCUCAGGCAAGGGUUAGGCGGCCGGACUGAGGAAGAUCCUCGGUCUUCCUAGUCUUCAGCCACCGAAGGAGGGUCUUGGUGCUCCAAUCAGAGAAUGAAUUACGCUCGGUUCAUCACCGCCACGAGCGCGGCCAGAAAGCCUUCUACCAUCCGAGUCAUGACUGAAAUAUUGAGCAACGCACCGAAAUCUGUCAUCUCCUUGGCAACUGGGGCACCAAACCCCAACAUGUUCCCUUUCAAGACUGCGGUUAUCACCAUAGAAAAUGGAAAACCCAUCCAAUUUAAUGAACAGAUGAUGAAGAGAGCACUGCAGUAUUCUCAGAGUGCUGGAAUCCCAGAGCUGUUAUCCUGGCUAAAACAGUUACAAGUAAAAUUACAUAAUCCGCCCACCAUCCAUUAUGCACCCAGCCAAGGACAGAUGGACAUAUGUGUCACAUGUGGCAGCCAACAAGGUCUCUGUAAGGUGUUUGAAAUGAUCGUUAAUCCUGGAGAUAAUAUCCUCGUAAAUGAACCUAUUUAUUCAGGAACAAUUCAUGCUCUGCAACCCCUGGGCUGCAACAUGAUUAAUGUCUCCAGUGAUGAGCACGGGAUCAUUCCAGACUCCCUCAGAGAAACACUUUCCAAAUGGGAACCGGAAGAUUCAAAGGACCCCGAGAAAAACACCCCCAAAUUUCUUUACACUGUCCCAAAUGGCAACAACCCUGCUGGGAACUCGUUAACAGCUGAGCGCAAAAGGGAAAUCUAUGAGCUCGCAAGAAAAUAUGACUUCCUCAUCAUAGAAGAUGAUCCUUACUAUUUCAUGCAGUUCAACAAGCCCUGGGCACCGACGUUUCUCUCCAUGGACGUGGAUGGGCGUGUUAUCCGAGCUGACUCUUUUUCCAAAGUCCUGUCCUCAGGGUUGAGAAUAGGGUUUAUAACUGGUCCAAAACCCUUGAUUGAGAGAAUUGUUUUACACAUACAAGUUUCAACAAUGCACCCCAGCACUUUUGCUCAGCUCCUGGUCUCACAGCUUCUAUACCAAUGGGGAGAAGAGGGCUUCCUGGCUCACAUAGACAGGGUUAUUGAUUUCUACAGGAAGCAGAGGGAUGCAUUAGUGGCAGCAGCAGACAAGUGGUUAAGUGGUUUGGCAGAAUGGCAUGUUCCUACUGCAGGAAUGUUUCUGUGGGUUAAAAUUAAGGGCAUUCAUGAUGUAAGAAAAUUGAUUGAAGAAAAAGCCUUUAAGAAAGAGGUAUUCAUGCUUCCGGGAUGUGGUUUCUACAUUGAUAGUUCAGCUCCUUGCCCCUACUUCAGAGCAUCCUUCUCUUCAGCUUCUCCAGAACAGAUGGACUUGGCCUUUCAGAGAUUGGCCCAACUUAUAAAAGAAUCUUUAUGAAGAAAUCAAACUCUUCAUAGCACUCAUGGAUUUCAGAUGCUAUGCAUUUAUCUGUAUUUCAGCAAGAAGAAACAAUCAUUGGUGCUAGAUUUACAGAUAGGGUUUCACUAAAUAUGUCAUGCCUGUAGUAAUUUAACUACACAACCUUCAAAGUGCCCUUGAACCCAUCAGACCUCCAAAAUAUAUUUAUAAUUCAUCCAUAUCUUUUGAUAAAUAUUCAACCCACACAAUUAAUUUUAUCCUGGAUUUUAUUGUAAAGAACUCUGUAUUCACUUUAUAAUUUCCCAUAAAUCUUCUUUGAAACUGA